CGAUAAAGGAAACAUGAGAUGUUUGAACUGUUUGUUUAAACCUUCUGAUGGAAAUACAGAUUUUCAAGGCCUUUAAGCGUCUUUUUGAAUAGGCGUCUAGGAAAUGGGAGCUGCUUAUACGAAAAUUGUGAAUUAUCUCUAUAUUGUAGAACAUGGUGAAGCUACAUCGGAUGCUAACAUUAAAAAAGCUAAGAUAACAUGUACACUAUCUUCAACACGAAAACCUGCGAAAGCUAGUCCAUACUGGAAACACAUCGAGCUAAAUAAGUCCAAUGAAGAGUUGCUGAAAGAUAAUUUAUUGGCUGGAGCAAGAUUCAUCCACGAGUCGAGGUGUGGUCGUGAAAAUAUCGCUGUUAUAAUUGAUUCAAACAAUCAUCAAUCUGCAAUUUUUAUCGUUGCCUACUUCUAUAUUCUAAGUGGAUUACCAGUGAGACUUGUUCGUAAAGCUGUUAUGAAGCUUAGAGAAAGACUAGAUCUUACAGAUGAGUUUGAUUCUACCAUAGAAUCGUUGACUGAAAGAAAAACUCCCAAAGAAUUGAGAGAUGAACUAUUCGCACAUACCUCUGGAUUUUCAGAAGACCUUUUAAUUGAAGAUUUGAAAAAAAUCUACCAAUCAGCUGAUUUAGAAGCACCCAACCAAUCAGAGAUAAAACUUGACAUCAAGCGGGAUUUAUCUAAGCGUGAUUCAAUAACACCACAGAAUACACUGAAUCAAAUGUUUCGACGUCUAUCCGUUGAUCCAGAGAAAAAAGAGACACUGCCUAAAAAAACUCCUGACUCCCCAUCUACUGCGCAUAGAUUCAGUAGUGAGAAUCCAAUUAUCAGUUUAAAGGAGAGUAAUAAUAAUAUUGAUAAAAAUAGUAAUAGUAAUACUACUACCACUACUACUGGUAAUAAUAUUCAUGCAAAUAACAAAAUCGAGACUGAUAAACACAUGUCGGAUCAUAGCAGUUCAGUAUUAAAAGAUAUCCGUGAAGAUUUAAAUUCCGCGGGUAAAAUCAGUCAUCAUGACAGUGAGAUAAACAAUAAGGCUAAAGAGAUUGCAGCGGCUGAAAUCAAAGCACUAGACGAUUAUCUCGAGAGUAGUGCUAAUCAUACAAAUCAUAAUGAUCAACAUCAUGGAUAUAAUGAUAUGAAUAAUAACAAUGAUAAUAAAUCUACUGGAGGUAAAAAGCAUAUAUCCAUAGUCUAUGCUCUAUCUCAUGAAUCUACUGAAACUGAUAAUGUUGACAAGUAUCUGAAAAGUACCACAGAAGAGGAUCGUGCAAAAACACGCAAAACUGUGAAAAUUGUACAUGCUUAUUCGAAAUUAGACAGUGAAGUUGAUUUUAUAUAAAAAUUAAAACCUUCAUGAAUCAUACUGCCAACCAGUUUUUAUAUAUAUAUAUGUCGCAUAUUUACGCAAAUACAUACAUAUCAUCUCAUUUUAUACGAUAUAUAUUUUUUAUUUUCUACAAUUAUCACUGUUAUUAUCAUAAAUAUAUUAAUAACAGUAAUAAUAAUAUUUUUACUAUCAAUACUGUUUUAAUUACUAUUAUUUAUGAUAAAUUAAAUAAAUACAAAUUACUUUCAACUAUCGAAUCUAAUUUUUUUUCAAUCAUUAUUCGUAAUAAAAGCCUUUAUUUCGACAAUAUAUAUAUACCUCUUGGACAUUGAAUAAAUGGAUUUUGUUUAAAUCGGUCAAGCGAGGUAUAUUUGAAUUUUAGAUAUUUGUUAAUUUCAACGCUCUUUUGAAAAUAUUUAUAAUCAAGAGGUACAGCUAUGCAUUAAAUGUGAAUAUAAAUAUCUAUAAAUAUAUAUAAUCUUUUGUUUUAAUGAAAUAUAAACAUAAAUAGCAAUAAUAACAAUAAUACCA